AUGCUUGACAAGUGGCGAUUCUUUGCCCUGGAGCCUCGGCUGGGAUCUGAAGUUACAGCCAAGCUGUUCGAAUUGGUGACCGCAUUGAAUGUGCCGGACAAGCCUGAAAUAGGCGGCUGGAACCGUGACACGGGCGGAAUCUACCGAGAGAUUAAUCAACAGAUCGAUCAAGCCUUCGAUAAUGUGGAGUACAGCCUGAAGGAUGCUGGUGGUGAAGGCUGGAGCCAGGUCUUCCGAGUCGUCUCAUAUCACGUUCCCAUCAACGACGAGGCCCUGGCAGCGAUGGUCCGCAACUUCGAAAAAUACAUGCCUGGCCACCAGCCUAUUUGGACCUGUGUUGGUGUUCCCCGGCUUAGUGAAGAUGAUAUGCGUGUCGAGAUUGAAGUUGUAGCACAUGUACCAAAUUGA